AAGAGCUUUUAGUAAGUUCUUUUUCUCUGCCUUACCUGGCUGUCUUGUCUUUGCUAGGCAAAACGGUGACAUCAAAUUUUUAACAAAGGGAGACAAUAAUGCCGUUGAUGACAGAGGGCUGUACAAACGAGGGCAGCACUGGUUGGAGAAAAAGGACGUCGUAGGACGAGCGAGAGGGUUUGUGCCCUAUAUUGGAAUAGUGACUAUCUUAAUGAAUGAUUAUCCAAAAUUUAAGUAUGCAGUCCUCUUUUUACUGGGUUUAUUUGUGCUGGUCCAUCGAGAGUAGCCUCUUGCACUGAAGUACGAGGUGAAGGUGCCAUGGAUUUUUUUAGAUGAACAUUUUAAGUAGAUGAUGGUCUGAUGUGCCAGGAGGAAGAAGAAAACAUGCAUUUCAAAGCUUCUUGCCAGUUUGGGUUUGUUUUGGUUUUUACUCUGUUAAGGGCGAAUGUUUGUCACGAUAUUUCCAAUGUUUUGUCACAUUUUAGCAUUUUUAAUGAGUUUUUAUAUUAAAAAUUUAAGGCAAACUGUUCAGUGUUUGUACUUUGAAGCUGAGCUUCCUCUCAAAGUGCCUACAGGACUGUGUCCUCUUAAGUCUGUGCCUCCACUGGGCAAGUGUGACCUCUCCCUCUGCUGACUGAACUGCCAAACGGUGAGCUGUGGAGGUGAUGUUUUUUCCAAUUCAGAACGGGAAUAAAGAUUUUGCAUCUCGC